CUACUGUUAGUGUUAGUCACGGACACUGUUACUAGUGUUAGUGUUAGAGUGUUACUUACUAAAGUUACUGACUAUUACUGUUAGUCACAGUUAGUGUUACUUGCCUAGAAUAGAUUGGCUAGAUGCAGAUCUAGAAAAAAAACUAGAUCUAGACAUUCUAGAUUCCAGAAUUGUGUAGAAAAUAAGAAUCUAAAAUAAUCAUUGAUAUAGAUUUUAAAGAAUCUAUUAAUCUAGAGUAGUAAACUAGAGUAGAGUAGAAUCUACUCUAAAUCAAGAUCUAGACCUCUAGUACUUACCAAGUCAUAGAUUAGAUCUAUAAUAAUAUAUUUCUAUCUAGUCAUUUCCAUCUAAUGAACAGGUUUGGCCCUGUCGCAGCAAUUUUUACAUUUGAAUUUCUAUAGUUCCCUACCUAAUGUUGACAUCUCAAACCCUGAUUAGGUUGUUUAGACAUUUAAGUUAACAUCUCAAACUGUGCUUAGGUUGAAAUUUACAAAAGCAUGACCAACCCAGCAAUGAAAGUAAAAAGUGACACUCUGGUGAUGACAAUGAGGUCAGACCAGCGUGCCAAUCAAGCGCAACUGAAAGCUCAAAGAGCUAUGAAAACAUUGGAAGACUCAAAGAGACACAAGGAGUACAAGCCUAAACAGAAGGAAAUGUUUUUUGUAGAUAACAAACUUCAACACCUGAUAAAAGAAAAGAAAGGGGAUACCAAUGACUUAGAAAAUAAGGAAGAUGCAAAGAUGUUAGCUUUGGCAUCCAGCACCAGCAUUCACCCUCAUCUUCUAAUGGCAUCUUUACUAGAACAGCUCUGUUUCAUGUAUGCUAAGGAAAAGUCAAAAGCUAGCCAAUUGUUUAAAAUUCUGUGCAAUCGACUCAUCAAGUUAAACAUCAUAGCUCCACUCAGCCAUCUGGAUGAAAUGAGCAGCUUGCGCUUCCAACAAAGGGCUAUGUUUGACAAAAUCAUGAGAACUGCCAUCCAGUCUCUAAAUAAGAGUAAAUCACUACUAGCUUUACCAUCAGUGGAGCCUUAUCUCAAUUUAAGCCUUGAGGAGGAUGUCAUUUCCCAGCAAACAUCACGUUACAGAUUUGAGUUUGAAGAACUAUGUCUUUUAGGAAAAGGAGGUUUUGGUUCUGUCUAUAAAGCGAGGAACUAUCUAGAUGGUUGUGAGUAUGCUGUUAAAAAAAUAAAAUUCAAGCAUAAAAAUACAGAAACACUUUUAAAGCUGCUUAGAGAAGUAAAAGCUUUGGCCAAUCUUCACCAUUCAAAUAUAGUUGGUUAUAAUGCAGCUUGGAUGGAGUAUGAUAACCCAUACAUGGCUAGCACAGGAAAAUCACUCCCAUCUAGCCCACAGAAACAAGAGUACACAAGUGCUACUGAAAGUAAAAACAACAGCACAAGUUACAGUAUAGCAUUUGUCUCGGAUGGGGAAGAAAACACUCAAGAAACUCCUGCACAUUAUCCAGAAUUAGAUGGCAAUGGUCUUGCAAUGAAAGCCAAAUUAUUUAGCAGUAUUAUGGUUAAAGAUUCCCUAUCACCAUCCAAGCCAACAAGUCUAAGACAGAAUGCUGACAUUUUGUUAGCAAGUUCUACAAUGGUUCACAGAGAACAGUCUCAGAUCUCUAGCUUAAAGAUGUACAAUAAAGAUGAGGAGGUUCAAUCUAUUAACUUCUCAGAAAACAACUGCAAGUCACAGAGUCAAAGUGAGGCCCUUGUUGCCCUUGAGAGCCACGCUGAGAUGAAUGACCAUGUGACAUCUGCCCACAGUGCUCAUUCUUAUUAUGAAAUCAACUUUGUCAAAACAGAAUCCGUGACUCAUUCUGGGGACUUAUUGGAUACUAGAAAACUUUCUUCUGAUCACAGUGUGCAUUUAAAUCAAUCUCGUUUGGUACAUACAUCAUUAAUCUCUAAAGGAUUAACUUUAACACAUGAUUACGAAAAAACGUUUAAAGAGGAUCAUCUUUCAUUUCCUCACAUGGAUACAAUCUCUCGGCCCAGUAAAAAAGUUGCAGAGGAAAAUUCUGUUUCAUUUCAAACUGGUGACAAUGGUUUGGGAGACAAAAAUUCAUUGGCUGUUGUUGAAGAAAGUAGUGACUGGCUUGAUUCAAUAAGCCAUCCUGUUAUUGGGAUAAAAAAAGAAAUGAUUCCUGAUAAAUUGCACUGGGCAUAUAAUAAGAAAACCAGCUAUGCUUAUGAAACUGAAGAUAUUAUAGACAAACAAAAAGUAUAUGACUUUCAGAGCUCAAUAACACUGUACAUUCAGAUGGAACUCUGCUCUAUCACAUUGCAAGAGUGGUUGCUAAACAGGAACACAAAACUUCAAGCUAUUGAGGAUGAAAGUCUACGUGUUGACAACAUGAGAAUAUUUCACCAGGUUCUGAUGGCAGUCAACUUUAUCCAUUCUCAAGGACUGAUACACAGAGACCUUAAGCCCAGGAAUAUAUUUUUAUCUGGCAAAGAGCUUCACGUCAAAAUUGGAGACUUUGGUUUGGCCAAAGAAGAUGUGUUCAGUCAUGGUAGAGAAGAAAUUAUUUUAAAACCAACUCCCACAGAUGAUGACACCAUUUUGUACCUUGACACCCACACAACUGGAGUUGGGACAUCAUCUUAUGCAUCACCAGAACAACUCAAAGGUUCACACUAUGAUAUCAAGAGUGACAUGUACAGCCUGGGUGUGAUUCUGUUUGAAAUGUUCAAUGUGUUCACCACAGAGAUGGAGAGGCUGAAAGAGAUUGAAAAGUUGAGGAAGAAAGGGAAAUGUAGUAAACAGUUUGUUCAGAAAUGGACACUUCAGGCAGAUGCUAUUAAAGCUUUAGUCAGUACAAAUCCAACAGAAAGACCAUCAGCACAAGAGUUGUUAAACAGUUCAUUAUUUCUGUCCAGAGAGCAGCAAAUUGAAAGGUUGCAAGAAGUGAUACAGCAGCAACAAAAAGAACUAGAGAACUAUAAACUGGUCCUUAAAGAAAAAGAUAAAGCCAUUAAAGAAAGGGACAUGAAAAUCAAAGAGAAAGAUAAACUUUUAUUUCAGAUAAGCAAGAAACAUAUUGUGUAGAAGUGGGCAGUUGGCUCUGUAAAAUAUAUGUUUCCCUACCCCAACCAAAGAAGAAGAAAAAAAGAAGUUGAAUCUGUUGCAAUGGAAAAGUGGCCUUCCAGCCACAGCCUUCAAAUCAUUGGAUGAUUAUCCAGCCAUUCACUAAUUUAUUCUAUUAAUUUAUUGAACCAAUCAUGAUAGAUCUAUUUAUUUAAUUUAUGUGUGUAUAGUUUGAUAUAUGAUAGUUUUAAUAUUUCCAAUGUCUUGACCUGAUUUUGUUGACAUAAAUACAAACAUUACUUUGUCAUGCUAAUCAAAA